AUGGAAAAAUUUUGCAGUGACGGAGAAAGCAGAGGAGUAAUACCACCACCAGCACAAAAACACUACCACCGCCGCCACAAUAGAAAUGUCACCAUUACCACCCACCACCAUAUGUUGAAAUCACUUUUCACCUCUGUAUCUAUGGCGAUACUCUCCGUUUAUGAAGAAAAAGCUCACAAGCCGACGACUAAACCCUCAUCAUUGUCAGCGACAAUUAAGUCAUUCAACGUCGUUCUUGACCCAUCGAAUCCACCAGGGUUUCUCCAAACCUUUUCUUCUUUGUCAUCUCUAUGCAACACCUUCGUCGUCACCUCUAACCCAAACCCCUGGACGAGCUCAAUUCACAUCACCAUUGCUCGUUUGCUAGCGAAGACACCCACAAGCUUUAGGUUCGAGAAUUUGAUAAAAGGUGAGAAGAGGACUCAAGGAGCUCGAUCUCAGCAGUUGUGUGAAGAAGAAGAAAAGGCCUACUGUAGUGCUUUAGCUUCAAUUUACCUGAUCAGUAAAGGAAUCUGA